GUAAUAAACAAACACAAUAAAUGAAAUGAGAUUCAAUCAGAACGAACUCAUUACUCAACCGACGACGUGAAAUCGGGUCUUCGAAAAUCACUUUUUUGGACACCUGAUUUCAGUGCCAAACAAACGCUACGCAACCAUAUUUCAUAUACAAAACGCAAACAGAGUGAGAAAUAGAGGAUCUGAAGAAGAAAAAUGGGUUGCUCAUUCUCCGGGUUAAAUGCAUUAUAUGACUCUGUGAACGGAGGUGGUGAUGUUUGGAUCAACGAAAAUCGCUUCCGCAUCCUGAGACAGCUCGGAGAAGGUGGCUUCGCUUACGUCUAUCUCGUUAAGGAAGCUCCUAAUGACUCUGCUACCGGUGGUCUUGCUAAUAAGCUCAAAGACUCUUCUCAUCUUGCUGAUGAUGGAUCUUAUGCUAUGAAAAAGGUCCUCAUUCAGAACAACGAGCAGCUGGAGUUGGUCAGAGAGGAGAUCCGUGUCUCUUCACUGUUUAGUCACCCCAAUCUCCUCCCGCUUCUUGAUCAUGCAAUCAUUUCUGUUAAGCCUACUCAAGAAACAUCUUGGAGCCAUGAAGCGUACUUGUUAUUUCCAGUUCAUUUGGAUGGAACUUUGCUAGACAAUGCCAAAACAAUGAAAGCCAAGAAGGAACACUAUUCCACCUCAGACGUUCUUCAAAUAUUUCGGCAGCUUUGUGCAGGACUAAAGCACAUGCACAAUUUAGAUCCUCCAUAUGCACACAAUGAUGUCAAACCUGGUAAUGUUCUCAUAACACACAGAAAAGGACAACCACCACUGGCCAUACUGAUGGAUUUUGGCAGUGCUCGUCCCGCAAGGAAGAAGAUUAGCUCCAGAUCAGAGGCACUCCAGUUGCAGGAAUGGGCAUCUGAACAUGUCUCUGCUCCUUUCCGAGCCCCUGAGCUGUGGGAUUGCCCAAGCCAUGCUGAUAUAGACGAGAGGACUGACGUUUGGUCACUAGGAUGCACAUUAUAUGCAAUAAUGUAUGGGGUAUCUCCGUUUGAAUAUGCACUUGGGGAGUCUGGUGGAAGCCUGCAACUGGCUAUUGUAAAUGCUCAGGUCAAAUGGCCAGCUGGACUAAAACCUUCAUAUCCAGAAGCUCUUCAUCAGUUUGUGUCAUGGAUGCUUCAGCCCCAAGCUGCUAUGAGGCCCCGGAUAGACGAUAUCAUUAUCCAUGUUGAUAAGUUGAUUGCAAAGUUCUCUCAAUGAGUUAUCAUCGUAGGGAACAGUGUGGCAUGGUCACAUUUAAAGAACUCAUGUGCAACUGUGCAUUUACCGUCCAUUUAUAUAUUGAUGGAUCUAAAAGCAGUAAUAGUUCAUCGCCCCACAGAGUUAAACGUAUCUGUAUCUUUUUUUUUCUUUUCGUUUUUGGUGUUAGUCUAGAUAGUCGGGCGUUGGGUUUAUUAAAAGAAUUGUUUGUCAUUUUCACAUAAUUUUGUCUCUUGUAAUUUAUAAAAUGGCCAAUCUCCCUGUGUCUUCCUCAGAUUUUAUGCGCAUAAAUGGGAUAUAAUUAUUUAUUCAUUGUUCUUUGUUCAUA